CUUUACUCUACACAAACUCUCAAUUAUCCCUCUGAAAAAUAUGUCCCGUUUUCAUUGACACUAUCACUGUGGAUAAAGGCCGUCGGAUAUUUACAAACGUUUCUUCUGCACAAGGGAUUAAAACGCAGGAAUAUUUUCACUCAAGACUUCAAAUGGACUAAAACUGCAAAUUAAAUGAGAGUGGAACUUGGACAUAAAACCUGGACUUCAAGAAAACCAAGACUUCUCUGAGCAAUGUCCAACACAACCGGUCGAGGUCAUGGGGGUCUUAAUCAACUAGGUGGCAUGUUUGUAAACGGACGACCGCUUCCGGAAGUCAUCCGGCAAAGGAUUGUGGACAUGGCACACCAGGGCGUGCGACCCUGCGAUAUCUCUCGCCAACUCAGGGUCAGUCACGGCUGCGUCAGCAAGAUCCUGGGCAGGUACUACGAGACCGGCAGCAUUAAACCAGGAGUCAUUGGGGGCUCAAAGCCGAAAGUUGCAACUCCUAAAGUAGUGGAGAAGAUAGCAGAGUACAAGCGUCAGAACCCCACAAUGUUUGCGUGGGAAAUCAGAGACCGGCUGCUGUCGGAGGGCGUUUGUGAUGGCGACACCGUGCCGAGCGUCAGCUCCAUCAACAGAAUCAUUCGCACAAAAGUUCAGCAGCCUUUUAAUCUUCCGCUGGACACUAAAGGACUAAGUCCUGGACACACACUGAUACCCAGCUCAGCCGUCACCCCUCCAGAAUCUCCCCAGUCUGAUUCUCUGGGCUCCACCUACUCCAUCAGUGGCCUGCUGGGAAUCCCGCAGACCAACGGCGAUGGCAAGAGAAGCCAUGAUGACAGCGAUCAGGAAAGCUGUCGGCACAGCGUGGACUCUCAGGGCAGCAGCGGUGCACCCAGGAAACAGUUAAGAACCGACCACUUUCCCUCUCAACAUCUGGACUGCGGCUUUGAGCGUCACUACAGCUCAGAUACAUACGGCCCGAAUGCGUCCGGGAAGGCAGAACAGACGCUGUACCCUCUUACGCUCAUCAGUGCGGGUUUGGAUGAUGGUAAAAGUCGAAAUCUGACAGCACAUCAAGGCUACACGGUGGUUUCAGAACCCCCACAGCCCCUCCCACUCUGUCUGAAACAGGAAAUGUCACCUGAGUUGAACAGUUCAAGCCCCUCCCCUAACAUCAUGGCUCAUUCAGCUUUACUGGAGCUCACUUCUAUUUCCGCUCCCUCGUCAGUGUCCAUCGGUAACAGCUGCAGUAGCUCCGCUCAUUUAUCACAUGGCUUCAACUCAUUUUCUCAUCACGCUCCGGUGCACGGGCAGUUCGGCAGCCCGCCCCUCAUCACAGGGCGAGAUGUGACCAGCUCAAUGCUGCCCGGUUACCCUCCACACAUUCCCUCUGCUGCUCAGACGGGUUUCUCAGCGUCCACCAUCACAGGAAUGGUAGCAGGUCCAGAGUACGCAGGCCAGAGCUACAGUCACCCAACAUACACCUCCUACAGCGAUGCCUGGAGAUUCACCAAUUCCAGUAUAUUAGGUUCUCCAUAUUACUACAGCACCGCCUCGAGAGCUGCACAGCCGUCCACUGCUGCAUAUGAUCAUCUGUAACAGCAAACAACAACUUUACAUUGUACAACAACAACAAAGACGGACAGGUGUCGUUUUUUACAAUGAAUGGAAGAGACACAGAAACAUAAGGCGUGUGAAGAAGAAUUCACGGAUGAUACUUUAUAUCUGGAAAUAUUUAUUUUAUGCAUUCAAAGUCGGUUUAAAGACAAUGUUUAUUUUACAAAACAUAAAAGUUUACAUUUCAGUCGAGAAGGCCUAGGCCUAAACCAUCAGUCUGACCAUUUGUUUGUGUUUAUAGUCGGAUUUACCCAAAGACAGUCUGUAGCAAACUGUUUUCAGAUGAGCUACUUUUCAUCACAUAUAUUUAGUUUAAGGAUAUAAGCAGAAACAUUAAUACCAAACCUGAACGAAUAAACACAUUAAUAAUUGAUAUCCUAAACAUUUAUUUAAAACUAUAUCAUUUGUUUUCCCCUGCUUAGUAAAGUGUAUUAAUAUCUAUCAAACAGAUUUUUGUUUUGAGAUGAAUGAGGAACUGAGCACUUUCUUCAGCCGUGAAAACAUCAGACAAUGAAAUUAAAUAUAAAAACACAUAGUGCUUAUCUUCAAUAUGCCCAUCAAACGAACAUAAGGACUAUUAUAACAGAUUUAAAUGUUUUAUUCAUAUUUAAAACAGAUGUUUAACAGUUUGGGUGAAAGGGUAAAGAAUGUAGAAAAGACAAAGUCCCAUUAAAUUAAAUUCAACACAAAGCCUUUAAUGUUUAAAGCUGGACGCUGUUGGCAUCUAUGUUUUCAAAUGUUUCUAUCUUUUAUCCUGAAUACUUUCCUCUUUCAGUGUCAUGCUUAUAUGUCUGUGAUUAAGCGAGAGAUUUACAGUUGAACAGUUUAUUAUCAAUUAUAUUAUUCAAUCAUUUCUACAGAAUUAUUUUAAUUAAAUAAAGCAUGACAGAGUCCA